AUGUCACAAGGGCAAAUUGAACGCUUGAAUCAAACAAUUGGACGUGGAUUAACAAAAAUGAUGUGGGAUGAAAAAAAUCAAUUGCAAAAUGUAAAUUGGAAAGACAACUUACCUAAAUUUGUAUUUUCUUAUAAUAUUACAAAGCAUAGCGCUCAUAAUAAAACUCCUAGAGAAGUUAUGUUUGGAUAUAAGCUUCUUGGAAUUUAUCAGCAAUUUAAUUAUAACGAUCCUAUUGUUCUUCAAGAAAUAGAAGUUGAUAAUUCACAAAUAGAUUUAUCAACAACUAUUGAAAGUCAUUUAGAAAAAGUUUCAACAAUUCAUAACGAAGUUAAUGAUCAAUUAGGAAAAUCUAAAAAAUAUAUGCUCAAACAUUCAAGUGUUCAUCAUCGUACAACUCUUUACGAACCUGGUCAAUUGGUCGCUAUUGCUCCAGAUACUGACAUGAAUCCAGCAACUAGAAAACGAAAAUUUCAAACUACAUUCAAUAAUACAGCAACAGUUAUUGGUAUGACUAACAAUAAUAAAACCAUUAUUGUCGAAACUUCUGAUGGAAGCACUAUGCGUUAUCCUGUAAAAAGAGUUCGUCUUAUUAAAAAAG